AUGGGGAAGAUGGCGGCUGCGGUGGCUUCAUUAGCCACGCUGGCGACAGAACCCAGAGAGGAUGCUUUCCGGAAGCUUUUCCGUUUCUACCGGCAGAGCCGGCCGGGGACAGCGGACCUGGGAGCGGUCAUCGACUUCUCAGAGGCGCAUGUGGCUCGGAGCCCAAAGUCCGGCGUGCCCAAGGUGGUCAGAUUCCCUCUGAAUGUGUCCUCAGUGACUGAGCAUGAUACCUGUAGGGUAGGACUUCAGCCUGUGAGCAAGUGGCAGGCCUAUGGACUCGAAGGCUAUCCCGGAUUUAUUUUUAUUCCAAAUCCCUUCCUUCCGGGAUGCCAGUGGCACUGGGUGAAACAGUGCCUCAAGUUGUACUCCCAGAAACCUAAUGUGUGUAACCUGGACAAGCACGUGACUAAAGAAGAGACCCAAGGGCUGUGGGAGCAGAGCAAAGAGUUCCUAAGGUCUAAAGGAGUGAAUAAGCGGAGACCCCGAAGUUUACUAGAGAGACUGCGCUGGGUCACCCUGGGCUACCAUUAUAACUGGGACAGUAAGAAAUACUCAGCAGAUCAUUAUACACCUUUCCCUUCUGACCUGGCUUUCCUCUCAGAGCAAGUCGCCACUGCCUGUGGAUUUCAGGAUUUCCGAGCAGAAGCCGGCAUCCUGAAUUACUACCGCCUAGACUCCACACUGGGAAUACAUGUGGACAGAUCUGAACUAGAUCAUUCCAAACCCUUGCUGUCCUUCAGUUUUGGACAGUCUGCCAUCUUUCUUCUGGGUGGCCUCAAGAGAGAUGAAGCCCCCACGGCCAUGUUUAUGCACAGUGGUGACAUCAUGGUAAUGUCAGGUUUCAGCCGUCUGUUAAAUCAUGCAGUCCCUCGAGUCCUUCCACAUCCUGAUGGGGAGUGCCUUCCUCACUGCCUAGAGACACCUCUCCCAGCUGUCCUCCCGAGCAAUUCACUGGUGGAGCCCUGUUCUGUGGAGGAUUGGCAGGUGUGUGCCACCUACUUGAAAACUGCUCGAGUUAAUAUGACUGUUCGUCAAGUCCUGGCCAAAGGCCAGGACUUUCCUUCAGAACCCAUGGAGGAGACAAGAAGAGACAUUGCUGCAGAUGGUUUGUGCCAUCUGCAUGACCAGAAUAGCCCAGUAAAACGGAAAAGGUUAGAUCUCUACAGCUAAAACCUAGGGGCUAGAUUCUCUUACUCAGCAAGGCUUUUGUUGCCACACAAGGGCAGGAAGAAGUCAUCUAUCAUGCUGCUGCCUUGGGCCCAUCUUAGAGCGUAUACUGAGGAGAGUAUCCUACCCGUCCAGUUCUGAGCUCUUAGGAGGAGGAGUGUGUGGUUGUCAUACCGUAUUGGUAUAAUGAUCCACACAGACGUAAGCAUCAGGAGGGCGGAAGAAGUGAGUUCAUAUGUCUGUGCUGAGUCAACCCCUCAAAGGAAGUAGUGUUUUUCUCCCAGCACUAUGUGAUCUCCCAGCCACCAAAGUACCUAACUCCUCCUAGUCAUCAAAUUCUUCGGCUCUUUGCUGUGCUCACAGAGGAAUCUUAAGCAGAUGAAGACAAUGGAAUUCAAGUGUUCCUUAGGAGCCACAGUUGCCACUUAAUUGCUAGAGCACAUGCCUGCCAUGCACUAGGCCCUGGGUUCAGUAUCCAGUACCACAUAAGUCAGGUGUAGUGUAAGCCUGUUUCCUAUGUACUCCAAGAGUAGAGGGUCAGAUGUUCAAGGUCAUCCUGCAUCUCUAGACUACCUGGUAGGUUUUUAAUUUGUUUUAAAUGACUAAAAGUCUCUAGAGUGUUUUGUUAGUUCUUUCUCCAUGAAUAAACUUACUCUUUUCAAUUAAAGAUCUGUAUCUUUGAGGGUUGGUGUAUCAGGGAUUCACUUUUCCUCAUGUGUUAUUGUUCACGCUAUUGAAGUCUCCAGCUGUUUUUCCCCUAAGUAUUAUGCUGUGCAGGAAGAAUGUUCCUUGACCGUCUGGUCACUGAUGUCAAAAAUCCGAUGUCAUCUCCA